GUAAAGAAGAAGACCGGUGGUGCUUAAAUAAAAAAGUACAAGAUAAAAAAAUUGAAAAAUAGAAAAUAGAAAGUAGCGAAAUAAGGGAAAAAAAAAUAAAAAUUCAGAUCAUGAAUACAAUGUGUACGGUGGUAAUGUUUCCCCGGAUGGCAAGACAACAGGUGGAACUGAACAGAAGGUCCUUGGAGCAAAAAUCGCAAUGGAGGAGGAUUUCAUGGACGACGAGGUGCUGUACGAGUUGACACACAAGCUGAACCUGCGAACGAGCGAGGAUAAUACCGGACACCCGAUACCGUAUCCAGCGACGAUGUCGGUUUCUGUUUCGGACGAGGAUAUAAGCAUGAAGGACUAUACCGAGGAGGAGAUAGACGGGUUGGCUGCGGUAGGUGCUGCUGCCCAACAUCACACAAGCAACACUCUCAGAGAGCGAUGGAGAAAGAGCACGGAGGAGGGGACCGAUGCCGUCCGAGACGAGAACGAGGAUGUGGACGAGGAACCUGGAUCUGAAACAGCAAAUGGCAACUCCAUUUCACUCAUACGAACGAUCUUGGCACCGGAGACCCAAGGAUACAUGCUUGGUGCCGCCCGGUCCGGCAACCAGAGGCGUGAUGCCAGCGAGGAUGAACCAGGGGAAGGCGUGGUUGCGGACUCCUCGCCUCAGACGCACACCACGAUUGGGAAACUGAACGACAAAAACGUGAUUAUUCACAACCAUUUCUACAACAUCAUUGCUGGCCCGGGGCCCGGAUACGGGCUCGACGACCCGCAAGCACUGUGGGCCCAUGAGAAUCUCGAGGACAGCGAUCGACGUCUGCGGCUGUUCGAGUAUGUGAAGAAGACGCUGAAUUAUUCGCUGCUGCUGGGGUUUGCGUACCUUGCUGUCAGACAGGUCACGCGGGACAUUGGCGUGGAGUACCAGCGGCUCAUGAUCAGAGAAAACCUUCAGAAGGAACAAUGCGUGGAGGAGUACUACGUGAACCGGUGCGAUGAGUACGGACAGCUUCCUGCGUUGAAGGACGAGUGUUUGGAGUGGAGGAUCUGCAUGAGCGAAGGAAACACAAACCACAUCCGCACCGUCUUCUACAGCGAGCUCGCCAUGCAGGUUGUUGGCCGCCUCAUCAACGAGACGCUCGACAGUAUCGGCGGCAUGAACCGGCUGUUUCUCCUCGUGGCGCUCUCCGUGUGGUAUCUCGUCAACUUUGCGUGUGGCUACAUGCGAGGCAACCACGAUCACGACCACCCUCACAAUCACGAUCACCGUGACGACAUCCGCAGUGCCUCCUUCGGUGAUUCCCGUGCUUUGCAGCUGCUGCGACACCCACCAAACCCCAUUGACGACCACUACGAACACGCUUGAUCCCACCCCUCCUCCCCGGCCGUGCAUAUGUACGACGCGUAUAGAGACAUAAACCCUACAGGCAUUUCCGUG